ACAGCGUGUAACUGCCCGAUAAAGAGAAUUUCUAGGCGAGCUGGGCUAGCAUCUGAACUAGUUUGACCUGGACUAUCGUCUGAACUUGCUCUACAUUCAGAAAAUUAGAAAAGGGGCCCAUUUCCCGCCUUAAUUGUUGUCGUUGCAGAAAAUCAAGACCCAUUCAUUCCAUUUAUUCAUCUAUCUCCGUUUUCGUCGAGUUAGCACUUCGAACAUACAACAUCAAAAAACAGAACCCAUGGGCGACCUCGUUCCCAGUCUGGAAUUGCCUCCAGAGGCCGCUAAGAGCCACGCCAUGGACAAAAUCACAGACAAGAUCGCGGCCCUGCCCGCGGGGCAGGACUACUUUUCGCUCGAGUUCUUUCCGCCCAAGACCGCCAUGGGCUUUUCCAACCUUCGCAGUCGUCUCGAUCGCAUGGCCAGGGCUCUUCGGCCGCUCUUUGUCAACGUUACCUGGGGAGCGGGAGGCUCGACAGCAAUCAAGUCGCUCGAACUGGCCGAGAUCUGCCAACGAGAGCUGGGUCUCACAACAUGUCUGCACCUCACCUGCACUAACAUGAGUCGUCGCAUGAUCGACAAGGCUCUUGACGAUGCCAAAGCUCUCGGAAUCCGCAACAUUCUCGCCCUAAGAGGAGACCCGCCGCGAAGGGCCGAGUAUCGCGAUGUUAACGAACCAGAGCCAGAAGAAGAAGAGGAAUUUACGUGGGCCGUUGACCUUGUCCGCUACAUUCGCAAGACACACGGCGACUACUUCUGUAUCGGUGUCGCGGCAUACCCGGAGGGCCACGCCGAUGAGAGCCACCCGCUGGGACAGAGCCUGGCGCACGACCUGCCGUAUCUGGUCGAGAAGACACAGGCGGGCGCCGACUUCAUCAUGACCCAGCUAUUCUUCGACGUUGAGGCGUAUAAGCACUUCGAAAAGACAUUGAGGGAGCAUCCGAGCGGGGCCUUCAAGGACAUCACCAUCCUGCCCGGUCUGAUGCCGAUUCAGAGCUACCAGAUGAUCAAGCGAACAACGAAGCUCAGCCAUGCCAACAUUCCCGACUCUCUCAUGGCUCGGCUGGACGCGGUGAAGGGCGACGACGAGAAGGUGAAGGAGGUGGGCGUGGAUAUUGUCAGCGAGAUCGUCGAGCAGAUCAAGGAGAUCAAGAGCAGGACCGACGAGCCGAGAGGCUUCCACUUCUACACGCUGAACCUGGAAAAAGCCGUGUCGUUCAUCGUCGAAAGAACCGGACUCAUCUCCCCAAUCACUCCCGAAGAAGAAAACGCGGUCAUCGACCAGGGCCCGCUCCCGGAUAUCCGCCUCCUGCGCAUCAACGGGUCCACGCCCGACCCGUCCUCGCACGACCCCCUCCGGCGGAAACCCUCGGUCGGCUCCGACCCGCGCGACCGAGUCAUCGUGCCGGGCCGGUCGACUUCAUACCCCGACUGGGAAGCAACGCAGCUGGAAGCCAGCGUGCCGGCAGAGCCCAUCAACUCCCGCGCCAACACGCUCGCCAUCUCCGAGGGCGAGGGCGUGCUCGGCCGCGAGGCGACGUGGGACGACUUCCCCAACGGGCGGUGGGGCGACGCGCGGUCGCCGGCGUACGGGCAGAUCGACGGCUACGGCGUCAGCCUGCACGUCACGGUGGCGCAGGCGCGGCAGCUCUGGGGCGCGCCCGUGUCGCCGCAGGACAUCAGCGCCAUCUUCAUCCGCCACCUGCGCGGCGAGCUGCCCACCAUCCCCUGGAGCGAGGAGAGCUUCAGCGCCGAGACGGACAAGAUCCGCGACCAGCUCGUCGCCCUCAACUCCAAGGGCUGGUGGACGCUGGCCUCCCAGCCCGCCGUCAACGGCCUGCGCUCCAGCGACCCCACCUUCGGCUGGGGCCCGCAGAACGGCUUCGUCUUCCAGAAGGCCUUUGUCGAGUUCUUCCUCCCCUCCCGCGACUGGGCCGCGCUCGAGCGCAAGCUCAGCCGGCCCGAGAUGAAGGACGUCGUGUGCUUCUACGCGGCCAACGGGCGGGGCGACUUUGUCAGCUCCGACACCACGGCCCUGCCGCCCGCCGACGCCGCCGCCGCCGCCGAGGGCGUGGAGCGCGAGGCCAGCACCAACGCCGUCACCUGGGGCGUGUUUCCGGGUAAGGAGAUCGUCACCCCGACCAUCAUCGAGGAGGUCAGCUUCCGCGCCUGGACCGAGGAGGCCUUUGGCAUCUGGGGCGAGUGGGCCAAGAUCUACGAGAAGGGGUCCCGGAGCGAGGGGUUCCUGGAGGGUGUCAGGGGCGAUGCCUGGUUGGUGAAUAUCAUUCAUCAUGAUUUCGUGGAGGCGGAUGCGCUGUGGGACUUGUUGCUUGGUUGAGGGGUUUUGAUAGAGAGAGGGGGUGAAUAGAGAUAGCGCGGUCGGCUGGGAAAUCAUGGCGGCGGGCGGUUUGGAUCAUGCAGUGUGCGAAAAGUGAUACUGGGUCGUGUCUGGGAUAGGUAGGCGAGACUGUGUGGGAUGGUCGUAGCUUAGGGGCAUGGAGAGAUAUUUAUGGCAGCUUACCUGUGCCAGGUCUAGAAAGGAGAUGUAAUCAUGAACCUAUCGCGCAGUCGAAACCUUGAUGUGACCUAGCCUGAGGAAAGGGGUAACUCCUAUCAUGAAACCCCAAAUAAUCCCAGACUGUG